UUUACAAGAAAACAAUGCAAAUACUGAACAAAAAAGAAAGGCAAACGCGUGUAUCGUAGUGUUAACUCGAAAUGAUGAUUUAUAUGAUAUUAGACACUCAAUGAGACAACUUGAGGAUAGGUUUAAUCAUAAAUAUAACUAUCCAUAUGUUUUUUUAAAUAAUGAACCUUUUACGCAAGGAUUUAUAAAUGUAACAAGCGCAAUGACUAAGGCAAAUGUAAGCUAUGGGUUGAUCCCGAAAGAACACUGGAGUGUUCCAAGCGAUAUCGAUAAGGAACGUCUUAGUAUAUCUUUGGAAAGUCCGCUACCACGUUCAUCUGAGCUUACUUAUCAUCAUAUGUGCAGUUAUGACUAUUAUUGGCGUCUUGAACCUGGUGUUGAUUUUUAUUGCGAUAUUGACUUUGACCCAUUUGUUUAUAUGAAAGAGAAUGAUAUUAAAUAUGGUUUCACUCUUGUACAAUAUGAAGAGUUCGAUACUAUUCCAACACUUUGGAAUACGGUCAAAGAAUUUAUUAAAAUAUAUCCGCAUUUAAUUACAAAUGAUAGUAUAUUUGAUUUUAUAACAAAUGAUAAUGGUGAAACAUAUAAUCUGUGUCAAUUUUGGUCCAACUUUGAAAUUGGUGAUCUUAAUUUGUGGAGAAGUGAUGAAUAUUCAAUAUUCUUUAAUUUUCUUGAUGAAAAAGGUGGAUUCUAUUAUGAACGGUGGGGAGAUGCACCUAUUCAUACAAUCGCCACUGCCCUUUUCUUAAAGAAACAUCAAGUCCGUUAUUUUGAAGAAAUUGGGUAUUAUCAUCAUGAAGUCAUAAAUUGUCCUCAAGGGAAUGAGUUUCUAUCUAAAUGUGAUUGUAGACCUG